AUGGGCUGGAACUCAUGGAACGCAUUCAAAGCAACGGUCAACUAUACGAUAGUUCAGGAAGUUAUUUCGCUGUUCGAUACGCUUGGGCUGAAAGAGGCGGGCUACGAGUACGUGCUGCUUGAUGAUGGAUGGGCAAGUUACAAUCGCACGUCCGACGGGUAUCUUCAAGCCAAUGCAACAUCCUUUCCUCAGGGUAUUAAGGCACUGGCCGAAGAGGUGCAUAUUAGAGGCCUAAAACUAGGCCUUUACGGAGAUAGUGGUCACUACACCUGUGCGUGGAGACCGGGAAGUUGGGGAUACGAAGAGCGAGACGCUCAAACGUUCGCUAGCUGGGGCGUGGACUACCUCAAGUACGACAAUUGUGGCGGAUUUCAGUCUAUGACGGAGGCCCCUCAGAUCCGCUUUGGGGCAAUGAAGUAUGCUCUCGCGCUUUCGGGUCGAGAUAUCGUCUAUUCCGUGUGUGGAUGGGGUUAUCAGUUUCCCUGGCACUGGGGAGGAGAUAUCGGUCACUCAUACAGAAUGUCUGGCGACAUUACAACAAGCUUCACCAACGAAACUGAGUGCCAGUGCAAGACCGCCUACUGUCUCAAUACUGGGUAUGCCGGUUGCUCAGUACUGACCAUCAUCAACAAAAUGAAAGAAAUCAGCCAAUAUCAGACGCCAGGUCAUUGGUUGGAUAUGGACAUGCUAGAAGUCGGAAAUGCAAAUUUCACACUCAACCAGCAGCAGACGCACUUUGCAUUCUGGGCGGCGCUGAAGUCUCCCUUGAUCAUUGGUGCUGAUCCCAGCAAGCUUUCCAAUGACAGUUUAGCGGUCCUCACAAAUGAGGCGAUUAUUUCCAUCAACCAGGACGCGCUUGGAGAGCCUGUGACAUAUCGCGAAGCACAUAGCAAAGAAGGUCUCUUCCAGGUAUGGGCUGGGAAGGUUGAGGACGGAUAUGUUGUUCUGCUGCUGAAUGAGAAAAGCUAUCCGCAAACUGUGUCUCUGAGCUUUGCCAGUUUGGGACUUGGCUCACCUCAGAAGGUCAUUGAACUUUGGUCGGGGCAGACUUUGCAGGAUCUUAGUAAGUUCAAUGGGAGUUUGGGGUCUUAUCAAACUCUUGUUUUCAAAGUGAAGACAUGA